AAUGACCGCAGAAGAAGGAGUUGAGUAAAGAAAACUUCUGACUUCCUGCAAUGGUAGUUAUUGCCCUUGUGUCAUGUGAUUUCAUCGGAAGUAUUUCGCCAUGUUUAUGUGAUGCUCACACCAGAAAAUAGGGAAGCUUGUCUGCAAUCUUUCUCCCGUUAGAAAACAUCACACCAUUUCUGGAUUGUACACUAUCAUUGUAUAGCUUCUGAAGUACCAACUACUUCAAUGUCCACGUCAAAUACCCUUCAGAAAGCCAUUGACUUGGUCACAAAGGCAACAGAAGAAGACAAAAACAAAAAUUAUGAAGAGGCGUUAAGACUCUAUGACCAUGGAGUGGAGUACUUUCUGCAUGCUAUAAAAUAUGAAGCUUCUAGUGAGAAGGCCAAAGAAAGCAUCAGAGCCAAAUGUAAACAGUACUUGGAUAGAGCUGAAAAGCUAAAGGUCUACCUUAGGAAGAAGGAGAAAAAACCAGUUGCUGAUGGUGAGAAAAACAGCUCUGGCGGUGGUGGAAAGAAUGACAAAGAAUCAGAUAAUGAAAGUGAUGAUGGAAAGGAUCCAGAAAAGAAGAAGUUUGAAGACAAGUUGUCAGGAGCCAUAAUAAUAGAAAAGCCCAACGUAAGUUGGGAUGAUGUGGCUGGCUUGAAUGGUGCAAAAGAAGCUCUUAAAGAAGCUGUGAUCUUGCCUGUGAAGUUUCCACAUUUGUUUACAGGAAAAAGAAAACCUUGGAAAGGGAUUCUUUUGUAUGGGCCUCCAGGUACUGGCAAGUCUUACCUUGCUAAAGCUGUUGCCACAGAAGCCAACAAUUCUACAUUCUUCUCUGUGUCAUCAUCCGAUUUAGUAUCAAAGUGGCUAGGAGAAAGUGAGAAGCUAGUAAAAACACUGUUUCAGCUGGCACGAGAAAACCAACCCAGCAUUAUCUUCAUUGAUGAAGUCGAUGCACUUUGCAGUGCUCGUAGUGAUAACGAAUCAGAGUCUGCACGUCGCAUCAAAACAGAGUUUCUUGUGCAGAUGCAGGGUGUUGGCAAUGACAAUAAUGGCAUCCUUGUUUUGGGUGCUACAAAUAUUCCCUGGACACUAGAUGCUGCUAUUAGGAGAAGAUUUGAAAAGAGAAUCUAUAUACCACUUCCUGAAGCUCCAGCCCGUAUAGAAAUGUUCAAGCUGCAUCUUGGGUCAACCAAUCAUUCUCUCACAGAACAAGAUUUUCGAGAUCUUGGUCAAAAAACAGAGGGGUAUUCAGGAGCUGAUAUAAGUAUUGUAGUGAGAGAUGCUCUUAUGCAGCCUGUCAGAAAAGUUCAGACAGCUACUCACUUCCGACAGGUUCGAGGCCCUUCACGGGAUGACCCCAGUCAAAUUGUGGAUGAUCUGUUGACUCCUUGCUCUCCUGGGGCUCCAGGAGCUAUCGAAAUGAGCUGGAUGGAUGUUCCGGGUGACAAGCUAUUGGAACCUAUUGUCUCAAUGAGUGAUAUGCUGAUGUCAUUGGGUACCCAAAAGCCCACAGUAAAUGAAGAUGACUUGAAAAAGUUGAUCAAGUUCACAGAAGACUUUGGACAAGAAGGUCAUGUUGCUGAAUAACAAGUUACACCAAGAAAGUGGAAAUCUUGUUUGGAUGCCAAUUAUACAUGGUUACUGAAGACAUUACUAUGCUUGAUGGAGGACAUGAGAAUUCAGUGAUAGGCAGAAAUUUCAUUCAUCGUAGUUAUUCUUAUAAAAGCUGUAUUUUGGUUUGUAGGGCUUAUCUACAGUCUGCAGAUAUUUCAUUUCCUUCCCAAAUUGUCUUGUCAUAUGAACUGCCUAAAAGUACUGAAACUUUAUGCAGAACGUGUUGAAAUCAUUCUGGCAUUUGCUGUGUUCCCCACCAUGACAUGAAUGAGCAGACUACUUCCAUUUAAAAUUUAAGAGAAAAGGGAUACAGCAGAUGAACUUUUUUCAUUUCUGAGUCAGCUGUUGUCAUAUUUACUACAAUUUUUUGGGGGGAAACGUUAUAAACAUUCAGCACUUAAUGCCUACAGAAACCAGAUUUUUUUUUUUUCUUUUUCCUAGGAAUUGGUAAACAUUUUUAAAAUGUCAGCUAUAAGUGCAAAUAAAUACAAAAAGUGGCAAACCUGUGUCAUGCACAGACUGAU